AUGGACGAGUCAGUCGCAACACGAGUACGUUCGCGGCGAUCGCACAAUAAAUCUCGUUUGGGGUGUCAGAACUGCAAGCGAAGACGAGUGAAGUGUGAUGAGAAAAAGCCUGCGUGCACUCCUUGCUCGCGCCACUCUAUCGACUGCGACUUUACACACCCGCCUGCCGUUUCGUCCGUCCCAAGGGCUACGACACGGCAAUAUCGUUUCCGUCGUUCGAAGUACCAGGCUGAGACACAGACCGAGUCGUCUACGACAUCCCGCUCUGACUCAGAGGCCAGAUAUUCGGCGUCGGUGUCGACCGGAACCCAAUGCGACCUGGCGGUUAGCCAGCCGCCCGGCGGGGUUUCGUUCGCGGAUCUCAAGCUGUACCACCAUUUCAUGACCACGGCGUGCAAGACUCUCGCCGACGAGAAAGCCGACACGAAUCGUGUCUGGUCCGACCACGUGGCGCGAUGGGGCAUUUCCUUCCCUUCCAUUCUGCAUCUGAUCCUCUCGCUGUCGGCGCUGCAUCUGGCGUCUGAGAACCCUGACUCGAGGGCGGAAUAUAUUGCCCAAGCGGACGAUCACUUUACCUUUGGGGUGCGCUCUGUGACGGGGGUCCUGGCGCUGUUGGACUCGGAGAACUGCCAGCUGAUCUAUAUGUCGGCGGCGUUGAUCUGCCUGGCGUACUUUGGUCGGGGCCCGCGGACUGGCGAGUUUCUGGUGUUCAGCCACACUGGUCAGUCCGAGUGGCUGGUGUUGCUGCGCGGAGUGCGGUCAAUCCUGAUCACCCACCAUCAACGCAUCUUCACUGGGGUGCUGACACCCGUGCCGGAUGACAGUAUCAAAAGUGUCAGUCCAGCAAUGCAGACAGAGCUAGACCAGCAUCUAUCGCAAAUCCUGGACGUACGGUCGUGGAUCAAGCUGCAGGUGGGUGAAACUGCCGUGUGGGCGAUCUACGAUGCAGCCAUCGAGGACCUGAUGACGAUCUUCAAGGAGACGUACGAGUUCCGCAGCGCGGGCAAGGACGGAAUCAAUCUGAUGCAUCUGGCAAUCGGGUGGGUGUAUCGAGUCAAGGAUAAGAUGAUUGCGCUGCUGGAGGCGCGAGAUCCGUACGCCCUGGUGGUGUAUGCGCAUUGGAGUAUCAUUCUCCAGUACAUGCAGUCGUCGUGGCUGAUGAGAGGGUGGGACGAGCAUGUCGUUCUCGGAGUCAAGGCGUCUUUGCCGCCCGAAUUGCACGGGUGGAUCGAGUAUCCAUUGCGAGUGAUUACUGGUCGGAGUUCGCGUUCGUGAUUUGCCUAUUGAUAAUCUUGUCUUUUGAUUCUCAAUCAACCUCGAGACAGCAUUGUACACAGUGUGCACUUGGCCUCAAGUUUAGAGUCAUGCUUGUUUUGUCGAAC